AUUGGCAUUUAAUAUAAAAAUGAAUUCUUGUCGCAUUGUUUGACAUUCGGUUCGGAUAAGUGAACUUAAGUGUUGUCGGUUUGCUACAACAAUCAAGCGGAUCAUAAAAUUUUAUUAAUAACACGUAAAUAGACUAUUUACGUACAAAAAGAGGCCCCCCACCUUCAACCAUACUGUGUCAAACUCCAAAUUGCUUACUAAAAUUCUGAAUUAACUGCCAUUUGAAGUUCAUCAGACAAGAAACGACGCGUCACUUAUCAGCGAAGGCUAUAAAACAAAGAUGAUUGUUAUAACGGAAGAUACUUUUGGCACAGCCAUUAAUCCAUUGACAAAACAAAUGGAGGAAAUAAAACGUUUUACCCUUACGAAUUGCAUGCAAAUGAAAGUGCAGGUUAUCACUUUGGGUGCCACCAUAACCAGCAUCCAAGUACCGGAUGCAAGUGGUCAUAUGGAUGAUGUUGUCCUAGGCUAUGAUGAUGUGGCAGGUUAUCAAACGCCAACAAAUCCCUAUUUCGGUGCCACCGUUGGUCGAGUGUGCAAUCGCAUCGGUAAUGGACGUUUCAUGUUGAACGGCAAAGAGAUACAGGUGGCUCGAAAUUUUAACAACAAACACCAACUGCAUGGCGGCUUCAUUGGUUUUGACAAAGUCCAUUGGCAAGUGGUGGGUCAACACAAAGACGGCAUUACACUGCAGCACCACUCGCCGGACGGACACGAAGGAUAUCCUGGCGAAGUAACCGCAACAGUGAAAAUCGCAUUAACCGAGGACAACUGUGUGCAUCUACAGAUGCAAGCGGAGACAACAAAAGCGACGGCUGUCAAUAUGACAAAUCAUAGCUAUUUCAAUUUGGCUGGACAUGUGGGCGGCAAGGCGGCCAUAUAUGAUCAUCACAUCAUGAUAAAUGCUGAUAAAAUAACUGAAACAGAUGCCGAUUCCAUUCCCACGGGCAAUUUCACAUCGGUCGAGGGCACACUUUACGAUUUGCGAAAAAUGGUUAAUUUGGGUGAACGCCUUAAAGCUCUAUUACCCAUCAAUGGUUAUGAUGAUAACUAUUGUGCGGAUAAGAACAAUGAUGGAGAGCGUGUGAAUGUUAUAGCCAAAGUUUCGCAUCCUUCUUCGGGGCGUUGGCUUGAAAUUGCCUCCAAUCAACCGGGUGUGCAACUUUACACAUCCAAUUCCAUGCCGGAUACGGAAAAAGGAGAGACUCCUUUGCAUGGCAAAAAUGGUGCUCUCUACUCGAAACUAGGCGCCUUCUGUCUAGAGACACAAAAGUAUCCCGAUGCUGUCAAUCAUGCCAAUUUCCCAUCGAUCAUUUUAAAUCCGGGUGAAAAAUACAACCACGAAGUGAUUUACAAAUUUGGCAUAUGUCGCAACAGUGGCUGUGCUAAACACGAUUAAAGCCGAAAAGGAUGUUUCGAACGAAAAAUGACUCUAACUGUACCCCGCCCCCAUACCACCACAAACAAAGGAACGUAAAUGGAUGUCAAUGCCAGUCAAUAAGGACUUAACCCUAAUAACAUGAUAACACACACACACAAACACACACACACACAUGCAUGCUAGCAUUCACAUAUUCACUGUGUUAAUCUGUAUAAAUAUACCCAAAUAUAUGGUGA